AUGUCUGACGCAAAGUCAUCUCCUUCUCUUGGUGAGAAGGUAAAGGUGAAGGACAGCAACAAGUUGUUCUCACUAAAGGUCAACGUUGUAAAGGCCAAGAACUUGUUGGGUUCCGAUGGCUCUGUGGCCAGUCCCUACGUCAAAGUCGUCUGGGGCAACAAGAAGAAGGGCAUCAAGACUAAGGUUGUCACCAAGUCAUCCGAGCCCGAAUGGAACCAACUAUGUCAGUUCGACAUCAAGAGGGAGAAGUACCCAGAUAAAAAACCAGAUGUAGAACUUGAAGUCUAUGAACAUAACAAGUUCUCGGGAGACAAGUUGAUUGGAGAGGCCAAGUACCCAGUGUUGGACAAUGUUGUAAUAUUGGGCGAUGCGACCAAUGUAUCAUUGCCAGUGGUUCUCCACGCCGGCUCCAAGCACGAGUCCAAGACCGAGAUCGUGUUCACCGUCACCCCAACAGACUUUGGCCAGGACAAGGCCGUCGUCGAGAAGCAACGACAGAUUGAGGAGCAAAAGAAGAUGGUGGAGGUCGAGAAGCAGUUUGCCAAAUUGGUCGACCAGCUUGCCAACGACCCAAAGACAAAGGAGACGAUGCUCAAGAUGCCCUACCAGAGCAAGCAGCAGCUGAUCCUGCAGCACAAGGACAAGCUGUCGCACGAGAAGACACCCGAUCACUUUGCCAUCAAGCUGCUGAAGGAGCUUGGACUGAGGGCCAAGAAAUCGUCGACCACCGCCACAUCCACCACUGCCAGCACCGACGGCAUGUCGCUGUCCGAUCUGAAAGAAAUAAGUGUUGCACUUCGUUCGCGUGGUCACGACUGGAUCCGUGAGUUCCAUCGUCUAGAGGCAACAUCCCGUUUGGUUGAGCUUCUCAACAUUGUCAGACAACAACCAACACAUACUGAAGACUCACUUCAGUUCCAGCUUGAGUGUCUGGCCUGUAUAAAGAAUUUGAUGAACAACAAGCUCGGUAUCUCCUACAUUCUGAGCAUCAGAGACACACCAAAGAUCAUUGGUGCAUGCAUUGGUUCGACAAACGACAAAAUCAAUGAACUUGCAAUUGGUCUGCUGAACGUAGUCAACUUCCAUUCGUUCAAGAAUGGAAUCAAUAUUGGCCAUAAGAUCAUCAUUGAGGUGAUGAACAAUAAUAAGGUGGUCAAGAAUGAGAGAAGAAGAUUCUUGUCGUUGGUCGAUGCACUCCGUGCUCGUCCAGCCUUCAAGGAGACACGUGACACCCUGCGCACAAAGUCCAUCUACCUGUCGCUGAUCAACACUAUCGUCAACGCACCACCCGAGAUCGACCUGCGUCUGAGUCUGCGUCAGGAGUUCUACUGGCUGGGCCUCAAGGAGCUGAUCGAGCAGCUGAGCAAGUACGAGUACGACGAUUCGCCCGAGCUGGACACACAGAUCACUGUGUUCCAGGAGGAAGAGUCCAAGGAUAACAAGGAGAUGGCCGACAGGUUCAGCGAGUUCCCCGGCCUGAACCUUUCCAACACUGACGACAUUGUCAAGGCUCUGCUCGACAAGAUCAAGAUGACCGGUCUGAUCGACACGUACAGGGAGAUCGUCAAGGAUCUGUUGGUGAUGCCCGCCAACGAGGAGGCCGGUCUCAGGACCUGGCUGUUGGCCUCGAGACUGGUCAAGCAGGUGUCACUCGAUAAGAACAUCGGCCUUGAGGAGGACUACGUCAUCCCCUUGGAGAACCUGUUGCUCACAUGCGAGCAAGAGGCCAAGGAGUUGCCACUCAAGUCCAAGAUCGAGGAGCUGUCCAAGGGCUCGCAGGACCUCAACAAGAAGAUGGCUGCACAGGAGCUCGAGCUCAAGGAGAAGCUGGACCAGGUGAAGAAGUUCGAGGAGAACUCUUCCAAGAACAUGGAGGACAUCAACUCCAAGCUCAAGUCCAAGGAUGAUGAGAUCAAGGCGUUGCUCGAGCAGAUCGAGAAGCUCAAGCUCUCUGGUCCACCAGCUGGCAGCGGAGGCGGCAGAGCCGUCCAAGAGGAUGCACCAAUGUCUGGUGGACCUCCUCCCCCACCUCCACCCCCUCCCCCUGGCGGUGGUCCUCCACCUCCUCCACCUCCCCCUGGCGGCGGCCCUCCACCUCCUCCACCACCUCCCCCUCCUGGUGGCGGUCCUCCACCCCCUCCACCUCCCCCUGGUGGCGGCCCUCCCCCACCUCCGCCUCCCCCUGGCGGCGGUCCUCCACCCCCUCCAGGUGGCCCUCCACCUCCUCCAGGUAUGGGUGGUCCACCAGGCCCACCACCACCCUUUGGCAAGAAGGCUGCUGCUCCACCAAGAAAGCAGAUUCCAUUGCCAGGUCCCAAGAUGAAGGGUCUGCAGUGGACCUCGCUCAACGACAAGAAGAUCGCCGGUACUGUGUUCUCCAAGUUCACCAUCGACUCGUCCAAGGACAUCAACCUCGACUACAAGGAGAUCGAGGACGUGUUCCAGGCCAAGGUCAUCGAGAAGAAGGAGGCUGUGGCCAAGAAGUCAGGCCCAGUCCAGAUCAUCGAUGGAAAGACCAGUCAGAAUCUCGCUAUCUUCUUGUCCCAGUUCAAGGGCAAGUCAUACGACGAGAUCUGCGCAGGCAUCACACGUGGCGACGAGCUCAUGUUCCAGAGCAACCACAUCGAUGCGCUGAUCACCUUCCUGCCAUCAGAGGACGACAUCAACAACAUUAACGAGUUCCUCAAGGAGGACGGCAACGACAUGUCCAAGUUGGGACCAGCUGAGCAGUUCAGCAUGAAGAUCAAUGCCGUGCCAGCCGUCAAGACCCGUCUGCAAGCCAUGAAGUUCCGCUUUGGCUACGGCCCCAAGAAGUCGGACAUCAAGCUGGACAUUGCCAACUUUAGGACCGGUGUCAAGGAGCUGACCGACAGCGAUAAGAUCCCCAAGAUCCUCGAGGUCAUCCUCAUCCUUGGUAACUUUAUCAACGGAGGCACACCAAGAGGUAACGCCUACGGAUUCAAGUUGAACACCAUCACCAAGCUGGCCGACACCAAGUCCACAGACAACAAGCAGUCGCUGGUCAACUACCUGGCGCGUGUCCUUGCCAAGGACUUCCCCGCCCUCGUCAACUUUGCCUCGGAGCUCACUCACGUUGAGGCCGCCUCCAAGAUCUCUGUGCCAAACAUGUUGUCCGAGAUUGCCUCGCUGCGCAAGGACUUCUUGCAGGUGCAAAAGACCAUCGAGACGUUGACACCAGCCGACGACAAGGACACCUUCAAGGCCACCUUUGACUCAUUCAUCAAGGCUGCUCAGGAGGACAUUGACCAGAUCACUGAGAACUCGCAGCUGCUCGAGACUGAGUUCAAGAACUUGGCCACAUCAUUUGGUGAGGACGCCAAGAUUGACCCAUCCGAGUUCCUGUCGAUGUUUGUCAAGUUCCUCGAGUCGUACGACAAGUCCACCAAGGAGAACGAGCAGCUCGCCGCACAGGCCGAGAAGAUCGCCAAGAGAGAGGCUGCCAAGAAGCUCAAGGAGGAGGAGGAUGCCAAGAAGAAGCAGUUGGCCGAGGAGCGCAAGCAGAAGGGUGCUACCGAGGAGGAGGCCAUGCCAGAGGCCGUCGUAGAUGAUCUGCUCAAUGCAAUUGCCAGUGGUGAUGCCUUCAAGAACAGAAGGAGAGCUGGCAGAGGUGCCAGAGCCGCCCAAGUCGACCUGGACGACAUCCAGAUCGAGGUCAACUAA